AUGAAGAGUAGAAGAAUGGGCAAUCUCCCUAUGAAAAUCCUAGAGAAGCAUGGUAGAGCUCUUGCUGAUCAUGAUUAUGGUCUACGGAUCUGGAUCCCUGUUGAUAUCAUUUUUCACGAUAUACUUACAAGACUUCCUGUGAAAUCUCUCUUGCGAUUCCAGUGCGUUUGUAAAUCAUGGUGCUGUUUUUUAUCACGUAACGACCCUUCUUUCAUUGACCUCCAUCUAUCACGCUCCUGGUCUCGCCACGAUGACACAAAACUUUUGAUCUCUGCUCAUGGGUCAAAGUUACGCCAAUGUUUAUUAAUAGUAGACCUUGAGGGUGGGAAGUUCACUCAAGCCCUAACCGUGACCAAUGAAGCAAACCUGUCCGACAUCUCUGAGAACAUUAAUGGAUUGGUCUGCUGGCAACAUGUUGGUUUAACUUGUAGGAUCGAGUCUACAUAUAUUUGUAAUCCCAGCACUCGUGAAUUCAUGAAACUUCCCAAAGUUCCCCAAAUCAAAAGUGGUGGUUGCAUAAUCUCUGCACAUGUCUCUAAUCAUUUUGGCUUUGUACCAUCUUCGAAAGAAUUCAAAGUGUUGAACAUCCAAGCUACAGAAAGGGACUCGGAAACAGUUUUUUGGAUUUUCACUUUAGGUGGUAAUUCAUGGCGACAGAUUUAUCCUGGAUUGCCAUUCACUAUUGGCGUUGGUAAAUUAGCUAUGUGGUUGACUUACUCGAAAAAGUGUGUGUGCUUCAACGGUGCAUUGCAUUGGCUGCUUGGGGCAAUGAAAGUUAUAGUAGUUUUUGGUUUGAGAGAUGAAAAGUUUCAUCUAAUUCUACUCCCUGUCAACUGUAGGUACGCUUGUGCAAUCCCAAACCGGAUUGUUCUACUUCAUGGACAUUUAGGUGUACUAUUUAACAUUUAUGACAACUCGAAUUUUAAAUAUAAAAGAACUGAGGUGUGGACAUUGGAGGACUACCAGAACAAGAUUUGGAUGAAGGAUAGCUUUACCAUUUCAUCUAUAUAUUCUUGUAAGUUGUGGGCUGGUAUUAUUUGGCCUAUACCUAAAGGCAAGAUCUUGCGAAUACUGAAUUCAUCAUCCGAGGAGGACGCAGCAAUGGACGAGCACCGGGUACUUUGGUAUGAUCCAGAGCAGAAUAGUUUUCUGAAGGUCCAAAUUCCUAAGUUGGAUGAAGGGUGGCAGCUUGAUAUUCAUGGUUCUGUUAGUUACACUGAAACCCUCCAGCCUCUUCUCUCUUUCAGCGCGAAACCCCCCGAGAAAUUAGUUAAUUAA